AUGCGUUUGUUCGCCCAAAAUGAGAUGAAUCAUCCGCCACCGGCGUACACAUUGACGAGUCCAUGCUUACCACCGGCUGAUACCAAGCAUCAGCCUUGGCCACCGGAACCUCCUCCUGCCUUUGACAGACUACCUCCUUAUCCGGCAGGUGGCGACACAGUUAUUCGUGUUUUGUUAUAA